AUGACCAUUAAUGAAAUUAAUUUAGGUGUUACAUGCGAUAUGCAUGUGCAUGUUAGAGAAGGUGCUAUGUGUGAACUAGUUACCCCUACGAUUAGAGAUGGAGGUGUCUCUGUUGCAUAUAUUAUGCCAAAUUUACAACCACCAGUGACUACUUUGGAUAGAGUCAUCAAGUACAAAGAAACGUUGCAGAAAUUAUCUCCAAAGACAACAUUUUUGAUGAGUUUCUACCUAUCUAAGGAUUUAACUCCAGAAUUAAUAAACGAAGCUGCAUCAAUUGGAGCUAUCCAUGGUGUGAAAUGUUACCCAGCAGGUGUCACUACUAAUUCCGCUGCAGGUGUUGAUCCUAAUGAUUUCACUGCUUUUUAUCCAAUAUUUAAGGCAAUGGAGGCUAAUAAUAUUGUACUUAACUUACAUGGUGAGAAACCUUCUGUUUCAAAUAGUACCGAUGGUAAUGAUAUCCAUGUACUAAACGCUGAAUCUAAAUUUUUACCGGCUUUAGCUAAAUUACAUAACGAUUUCCCUAAUUUGAAGAUCAUUCUAGAGCAUUGUACCACUGCAGAAGCUAUUAGGGCCAUCGAGGAAAUCAAUAAGGACGUUACAGAAGUAUCUCAAGUGAAGGUUGCUGCUACAAUUACAGCUCAUCAUCUUCAUUUAGUCAUCGAUGACUGGGCCGGAAAUCCAAUUAAUUUCUGUAAACCUGUAGCAAAAUUACCAAGUGAUAGAAGAGCCUUAAUCAAAGCUGCAAUCUCUGGUAAGCCUUAUUUCUUUUUCGGUUCCGAUUCUGCACCACACCCUUUACAAAAUAAAUCUAAACAUAUAGGUGUAGCAGCUGGUGUCUUCUCACAACUAUAUGCUAUUGCCUACGUUGCCGAAAUCUUUGAUGAACAAAAUGCUUUGGAGAAAUUGAAGGAUUUUGUCUCAACUUACGGUCUAGCAUUCUACAAUAUCCAUGAUAAAGACCUGAAAUGUGAUGAGAAAGUUUUAUUGGUCAGAAAAGAACAAACUAUUCCAGAAACCAUUACAGAUGGCAAAGAUAUAGUAAUGGCUCCAUUCAUGGCAGGCCAGAAGUUAAAUUGGUCAACUAAAUGGAUUUAA